UUUUCCCACAGUCUCUCCCUCAAAGUAACAACUAAAAGCUAACCUUUCUUUAGUCAUUAAUUUUAAUCUCUGUUUCUCUCAAAAAUUAUGUACUAUUAUUCAUCUUGUGUAUAGAUAGCUUAAACAAUUCAAAGUUAAUGGCAAUUUCCACCGGCGCCGUAGAGUUUCUCCGCAGACGGCUCCUCCCAACGACGCUUAUCCACGUCACGGCUUUAGACGGGAUCGUUAACGUUAAUUCCCUCUUCUCGCUUGCUCUUUUCCUCGGUCUCACCACAAGUGGAAACAUCACUUUCCCUGUUUCAUCCUCCUCAGCGGCCGAGAGCCAACAUCUCCGCAGGUGUAUCGCCGCAAAAGGAAAUGCAUUAGCGGAGAGGUUAGUCUCAAGCCAUGUUUACUCCUUCAGCUUCUUCCUCUUUUCCAGCCUCAUCGCUAUGUCGCUCAAGCAAGCAAUCAGGACAACAACAACAACAGCAACAACAACACCAACAAGGAACGGGAACGUUGUGGUGGAGGAGGAUGAGACGCGUGUGUUAAAUGCCGGAGAAGGCCGUGUGAACCUGGCUGCUUUGAGGGUUGGGAUCGUUGCUUCGUGUGUUGCGUCGGUUUUGGGAUGUGGGUUCUUGACAAUGGCGUUAGUGGAUCUUGUUCAGAUUAAACUUGGACCUUUGGAGUGUAAGAGAAGCUUUCAUGCACUUGCGGCUAUUGUUCCUCUUGUUGUGCUUGUUCCUUCCGCACUUGUUAUCUAUGUGUUUCUUGUUCUCUACGCAUUUCUUUAUUAACCCUUUUUUGGGUGUGUACAUCAAUUGUUUUUAAUAGCUUUGAGUUUCAGAUUCGAUCAGUUCUGUAUCCAGGAUAGAAUCCUCUGUUAUUUUACUUAAGUUUCAGUAAUGUUUCUUGAA